CAUAAGUUAAUAAAAAUCUUUGUUCCUCUCUCUCUCUACACCUUUCGCUUCUUUUCCUCCCUCUCUCUGCUCUCUCCCUCCUCGUUAUCCGACGCAUCACCAAACAAAUGGGAGGUCCGAUCGUGCUGACUCAGCUCGCCACCGGUCUCGGCGUCUUGGCGGGCGCGGUCUUCGUCAAAUCGGUCAUGGACCAGAAGCCCAUGGCCGGCCCCUUCCCGCGCUGUCCCAGGUGCAACGGAACGGGUCGGGUCACCUGCUUCUGCUCGCGCUGGUCCGAUGGUGAUGUCGGGUGCCGGAGCUGUGCCGGCUCGGGUCGUACGUUUUGUAGCAGCUGUGGUGGGUCGGGUACGAGUCGGCCGCUUCCGGUUCAGAUCUCCGUACAGCGCCCCAACCCUCCGUCUUAGCCGGUUCGGUUUUGCUUCUUAUUAGAAAGUUAUAGAAUUUCUCUCUUUCCUGUCAAUUUUUUUUCCCAAAGAAGAGAUUUGUGAAAAUUACAAAAAAUUAAAUCCUGUAUUAUAGUAAAUUAAUGAUACUUUGAGAGAAGAAGAGGGGGUGAGAGUUCGUCAUUAAGCUGUAAUGAGAUGACUUUCCUUCAAAUUAAUAUAUUUUUAUGACUAAAUUUGUCUGCUUAUUGACAAAUUUGUUGCCUUUAAGUGUAAUUUGUUUGUAAAUUGUAUUGGGUUCCUCAGAAUUUCAUAAUUUAGUUUACUGAAGUUUAAUUAGAA